GCGCUUCUAUAAAGAGGAAAAUAAAAUAGGAGGAGCAGGGCAGCGACCAGAUAAGGGAGGCGGCCACCACCAACAGCAACUGGAAGCGCCACCGGAAGGGGGUGGCAGGCAGAUAACCAAUUCUUCAAAGGGACCCAAGACCGUAACCAUUCUCCAGUCAAACACCUCGUUGGGCAUUAACUUUGUUGGCAAAAACAGUGUGGGGAACAUGGGCGACUCUGAAGAACAUG